AUGAAUACAGUCGCCUCUCAGGACUUCGAAGAUUGGCCGGACUGGCCUCUUCGUGAUACGAGAUACAUGAGUUACGGAUCGACCGCCACCGAAGACUCGGAGGCCAGCCUCUUGUCUAUCAGCAGAUUUCAACCACCACCAAGCCCGACGACUUCGAUCUCACCUACCGUGAGUGAUAAAGGGAAGAUAGCUCCGCCGGUGGACGUUGUACGAGUGAACCUAAGUCCUUGCGUCACAAUAUCCUUCGUCCGAAAGACUCGUUUGUUUCGCAUGCAAUAUUCCUAUAUCGAUAUCGUUAAAGAACUCAACGGAACACUGAAACAUCUGGUCCUCGGCGGCUCGAAUGGAUCACAUAGCACCUUUUUACAUGAUUUCUCGGGCACUCGCCUCCCAAUCCCGCAUUUAGAAUACCCUCGUCUAUCAGACGACACCCCGCAUCGAGUUUCUUUUCUCGAUGAGCAAACUGUACAAACCGCAAACACAUCAUUCAGCACACAACUAUCAUAUACCUUCGAUCACUGGGAUGACUGCGUCCGAUUCCAGGAACUCCUCCUGGCCUCAAAACUCGUCUUCAUCGCCGGCAUCGCCGAGGCUAAAUCCAAAGGCCGUGGGGAGGAAUGCAUCAGUCAAAAUCUACGCCUACUGCGCGGCCGGCACGAGAGACUAACACUCCUCUUCUUCGCCAAUUCGCAACGAAAAGAGCGAAAACGAUACGUUUCCGUACCAUUGAACUGCAUCGACAAGAUUGAUGUACCAAAAAAGACCAGCAAACCGGUCCUACUGUAUCUGCGGCCGAACUUUGAGAUUCUGGCUGAGAUGAAGGUGUUGUAUUUUUACUUUUUGGAUGACGACGAGCGAAAAAGAUUUGGCGAAAUUAUCGCACACCACAUCGAGCGGUAG